AUGCCCUCGCUUCCAGUGAUCGACGCUUGGGCCAAUCUCGCUCUGCCCGGCACGCUUGAUGUGCCGCAGGACAUUCGCCGGUUGUUCGAGCAAGCCGGCCGCGCCGAGGUACUCCGCGACGGGAUCAAUGCUGAGGCCAUGAUUGGCCUGAUGGACCGUGCCGGAGUCGAACGGGCCAUGGUCACCGUCUGGCACCACGGAGAUAGCUGGAAAACGAGCGACCAGCAGGUUCGCCAAGCGGUGAAGCUAUUUCCGGAGCGUCUCGUGGGAGUCGCUGCCGUAGACGUCGAGCACCCAGUCGAGGCGAUUGCAAAUCUGCGUCACGCUGUAGAAGACUGGGGUUUUCGGGCGAUGCGGCUUGUCCCCUGGCUUUGGAACUGCCCGCCGUACGAUCCGCGGUACUACCCGCUCUACACGGAAUGUGUGGAAUUGGGCAUACCCGCCUGCACCCAAGUCGGUCACACCGGCCCGCUCGCUCCCUCGGAAACAGGUCGCCCAAUUCCCUAUCUGGAAGAGGUGGCCCGAGACUUCCCAGAGCUAUCCAUCGUCGGCGGGCACUUGGGCUACCCCUGGGUCGACGAGAUGAUCGCCUUAGCCUCAACCUACCCGAACGUCUAUAUCGAUACUUCGGCGCAUCUGCCUCGCUACUAUCCAAGGGCUCUGCUCGACUUCAUGAAGACUACCGGGCGGGAAAAGGUUCUCUUCGCCACGAACUUUCCGAUGCUCGAUUUUCAGAAAUGCGUCGAGCAGGUUGGCCAGCUUGAUCUUCCAGCUGCGGUCGAAAGGGCGUUCCUCUACGACAAUGCCCGUGGGCCUCACGUGACUUCGUUUGUCAGUCGUUCGUUCAAAGUGUUUCCGGCCGGGUCCAACGGCGAAUUCGACUUGCCGGAAGAUCUGGCGAUUGUGAUCAGCCGGGGCCAGGGCUGCGAAUUGUGGGAUACCGAAGGGAAGCAUUUCUACGACUUCUCGCUCGGAUGGGGCUCAGUGCUUGUCGGGCACGCUCGCGAGGAAGUCGUGGAAGCGGUCACCAGGCAGGCUCCGCUGGGUUCGAACUUUGCCUAUGUGAAUGAGCAAUCGCUGCUGUUGGCCGAAGAGAUCGUCCGGCUCAGCCCUGCGUGCGAAGCUUUGCGUUUCUGCGCCUCGGGCACCGAGGCCACGAUGUACUGUCAGCGGUUGGCUCGGGCUUUUACCAAACGGCCGAAGAUCCUGAAGUUCGAGGGGGCCUACCACGGCGCUAACGAGAUCGGCGUGACGAGCCUCUUCCCGAGCGAUCCACCUCCCUUCCCCACGCCCGACCCAACCAGCGCGGGCAUCACCCGACUAGUUGCCGACGAGGUGCUCAUCGCGCCGUUUAACGAUCUCGAACAGACUGCAGCAAUUAUUGAACAAUACGCCGAUGAAUUGGCCGGCGUGAUUGUCGAGCCGCUACAACGCUGUGUGCCGCCGGUCGAAGGUUUUCUGGAAGGCCUGCGAGAACUCACGCAACGGCAUAACAUCCUGCUUCUGUUUGACGAAGUGGUCACCGGCUUUCGCCUGGCAUACGGCGGGGCCCAAGAAUACUACGGUGUUGUGCCCGACUUGGUCGCUUACGGAAAGGCUCUCGGUGGGGGCUAUCCCAUCGGUGCGUUCGGCGGAAGAGCCGACGUGAUGAACAUCGUUCGCGAAGAUCACUUGGGCCAAGACGAUUACGUGUGGGUGGCUUCCACACUCGGCGGAAACCCCAUCUCAACCGCAGCCGCACGGGCAGCCUUGGGAGUUCUUUCCGGCGAGAAUGUCUAUCCCCGCUUGCAUGCUUUGGGAAAUUACCUUCGCGAGGGAAUGCGAGGCGUUCUCGAAGAGCGAGGAGUCGAAGGACAGGUGAUCGGCGAUGGUCCGCUGGCGCAAAUCGUGCUGACGAAGGAGAACGUGGUCGAUUAUCGCUCCUCACGGCACGUCGAUACGUACCGUGCCCGUCACAUCAUGCUGGGGCUUUUCCAUCGAGGGAUCUUCCUGAACCCCAUGGGGACCAAGCUCUAUCUCUCGUUGGCCCACGACGAGAACACGUGCGACGAACUGCUCGAUUGCCUGGAUGACAUCUUGAUCAAGCCGUAUUCAGAUUGA